CUGGGGUGCCUUGUGAGUGGGGGCACAGUCGACGCAGGAUGGCUGUUUUAUAACUGGGAUCCUCUGACGUAUGGCUGCCUGCUCCUUGGCAGCCGUCUUUAUGGACCAGUAGGCAGAGCGCAAUUGACGCUGACAGGACUUUUACAUCUUGGAAGGGACUGUAAUCUACUGUAGUGAAGAACAGAGCGGCUCAAUCAGGAGGGUGUAAAUAAGAGACGGAGGGGAGUCCAAAAGAAAAGGAAGAGGAGGAGAAAAAAGUGUGUGUUGGGGGGAAGCAGGGAAAAAGCAUUUUUGGUGAAUGGUAUGAAGCCAGCCAUGGAAACUGCAGCCGAGGAAAAUGCUGAACAAAGCCAAGAGAGAAAAGUGAACAGCAGAGCUGAAAUGGAAAUUGGCAGGUACCACUGGAUGUACCCAGGCUCAAAGAACCACCAGUACCGUCCCGUGCCAACCCUGGGGGACAGGGCUGGCCCCUUGAGCAGUCCAGGCUGCUUCGAAUGCUGCAUCAAGUGCCUGGGAGGAGUCCCCUACGCCUCCCUGGUGGCCACCAUCCUGUGCUUCUCUGGAGUCGCCUUGUUCUGCGGCUGUGGGCAUGUGGCUCUCGCAGGCACCGUGGCGAUUCUAGAGCAACACUUCUCCACGAACACCAGUGACCACGCCUUGCUGAGCGAAGUGAUACAACUGAUGCAGUAUGUCAUCUAUGGAAUUGCAUCCUUUUUCUUCUUGUAUGGCAUCAUUCUGUUGGCAGAAGGUUUUUACACCACAAGUGCAGUGAAAGAGCUGCAUGGUGAGUUUAAAACCACCGCCUGUGGCCGAUGCAUCAGUGGAAUGUUUGUUUUCCUCACCUACGUGCUGGGAGUGGCCUGGCUAGGCGUGUUUGGUUUCUCAGCGGUGCCUGUGUUUAUGUUCUAUAACAUAUGGUCAACUUGCGAAGUCAUCAAGUCACCGCAGACCAACGGGACCACGGGUGUGGAGCAGAUCUGUGUGGAUGUCCGACAAUAUGGUAUUAUUCCUUGGAAUGCUUUCCCAGGAAAAAUAUGUGGCUCGGCCCUAGAGAACAUCUGCAACACAAAUGAGUUCUACAUGUCCUAUCACCUGUUCAUUGUGGCCUGUGCUGGAGCUGGUGCCACCGUCAUUGCCCUGCUGAUCUACAUGAUGGCUACUACAUAUAACUAUGCGGUUUUGAAGUUUAAGAGUCGGGAAGAUUGCUGCACUAAGUUCUAAAUUGUAUAAGGCCAAUAAGGAGCUCUAGAGAGCUCUGCUCUGUAGCGUGAAUAUCACUGACACUCCAGACUAAAGCAGAGUCUAGGUUUCUGCAGUUUUGUUACAGUAAUUUGUAAAUAGCUUCAGUUAACUCCUUUUGCAUGGUAGAAUAAUAUGACUUACUGUAUAUGAAUUACAAAAUAAUGACAAAAUAAUGAGAUCUGGCUAGUUCCACAUUUUGAAAAGGAUUCAGUUAUUUACUGACAUUGGUGAGCAUCCUUUGAAAAAUAAUUUUCUUGAACUUUGAGCAGUAUCUCUAAAUGAAGUAUUAAUGCUUUGGCAUAUCUGCAUUUUCCGUUAUUUUGGCUUGCUUGAUAACCAAUUUUAAUGAUGAAAAUGAAAACAAGUGCUGAAGAUAAAAUGAAGAGAACUGUUUUAAUGUGGAUUUCGUUUUGUCACUCUUUCUAGAAAAUAUUUUGCAAAUAUACUUUCAGUUUGAUUUUAAACAAUUUUUAUGAUCACAUGGUUCACUACUCUGUGAAUGCUCCCUCAAAUAAACCAAAUGAAAAUUUGGAGAAAAAGAAGGGUGUAACCCCCUUGUUUUCUGUGGAAAAAGAUUAUAUAUAUCUAUAUUUGCAUAACACAAUCAUUCCUUUAGAGCCCACAAAAAUUGGUAACUUUGAAUUCUUUUGGUGAGUAGUAACUGUUUCAUCAUUGCUAGUUCUGAAACUGCACGUGAGAUUUUAAUGGCAAGAGAAAUUGGGCCCAGAUCUGAAGGUCUCAAAUACGUUGAGAAGGAAGUAUGAAUAUAAAAAAAUUGAGAUAUAGACUUAUUUUGCAGGAAAUGAGGAAAAUAAACAGGAGAGAAGUGUGUGCCAUAUCAACUGUAAAGAAUGAGGAUUUUUACAUUGUGUGAACUGAAAUAAUGGCAGUUAUAAAAUGAAAAAAUGUAGUUUUACUACUAAAAACUUGUUAUCACAGAGACUGCAUGAUUUGCUUAGUUCUUAAUUUUGGUUUUGACAUUCAAUUUUUCCAUGUUAAAUAUGUAGUUUUAAAAUUAUUUACUCAAAAUAAACAUUGUUCACACUUCUAGGCCUUUGGGCAAAUUGAUUUUUACCCACAGGUGGAAUAGGCCUUUUCAUCACACUUACUUAAGCACAACGUGUUUCUGAAUUUCUGCAUCAGUCUUUAAAUUACCCUCAAUAUGGUAAAAAGCAUGAUCUUAUAUUUCAUUUUUGCUUUUUCUUAACAACUUUGGCCAUUUUUUCCCAAGUUCACUAUAUUUGUGUACUAACUUUUCUUCAGCCUUUUAAUAUGAAGCAAACUAGUAGAGCAUGCUCUGUGUCUGCCAGCUCUGCUAGCCGAAUGGGUGUUAAUAGCAAAUAACCCUCGCCCCUUUCACAGUUGAGUCCGUCUAAUCUGACUAGCAGCUCGCUUUACCUUCUCACAUGCUCACUAGCCAUCAUGCUCACCCUUCUUUUCCAGAUCCACUUCCUCAUGAUACUGUCUUCUAACUGGGCUUACUUAAAGGAUGCGAGCAAAAUGCAGGCUUACCAGGAUAUCAAAGCAAAGGAAGAACAGGAGCUUCAAGAUAUCCAGUCUCGGUCGAAAGAACAACUCAAUUCUUACACAUAAAUGUUUGCCAGAGUGUUUCAGCCGGCGAAUUUACAGCUCUGACAAAUCAUCAGACAGCUGCUCUGCAGUACAGAUGUGUAUCCCACCAAACUAAUGUAGACGUACCAACAUUUCACUGUCUGUCUCAAGCUGCUGGGAUGUAUCUCUAGGAAAACCUUCCAGUGGGUAAAUCUUUUUCUUUAGAACAGAUAUUGGAGGUUUCAUGAUAGCCAUUUUAAAAGGCAACACUCACUUUGACAAAAUGCUGGUUUUCAUCCUUUUGAAAUUUGUGGCAUGUGCACACUUAUUGUAAGAGCAAUUCCACCAAGACAAGCAAUGGGAAUAUGUCAUAUUCCUUGAUCGGGACCCAUGUCAUGUCAGCAUCAAAAGAUGUGGCCAUAAAUUUACAUAUGCCAUCUGUCCUCAGAUGUUAUCUAUAUAAGAAAUUAAGUGGAAUUGGAUGUGAAGUUCCAUUUUUGACAGCUGACCUUUAUUAAACUUUGGCUCAAAGAUAACGCGAUUCUUACAAAUAACUUUUUUUUUUAAAUUAGUACUUCCCAAGUCCAGGUCCAUUAAUUUCCUGAGCCAAUAAGAAAUGUAUUUUUCAAUAAUGCUAAAAUGAGCUACAAUUCUGCUAAACCUACCACUGGAUUCUGAGUUGUUAAGCUUUGCAGAAUCCGUUUUAUAGCAGGUUUCAUUUUAAAGAAAUGAUAAUGACCCAAUUAUCAUUCUUAUUGGGAAAUAAAUGUCAGCUCUGCCUUAAUGAAUAUUUGCUUUAAAUUUCUAAGAAUUUAUAUUGUAACAAGAGACCCUAAAAUCCUUCGCAGAAUUUUGUUUCAUAAAGUUUUCUUAAUUAAGAAGUGUUACCUUAUUAAAAUGACCACCAUUCUAACCAUUUUUAAGUGGUCUAGAUAGUGAGUUUACAGUUUCAUACCAACUAAAACCUAACUGCAAACUGACCACAAACCUCUAACCUCCUUUUAGACUUGAAUAAUAAUAAUAAUAAUAAUAAUAAUUUAAAUUAGGGUUGGUAUUUAUUUUAUUUUUUUCUUAAUUUCCUGGAGUAAUAAUGUUUGAUGUUCAGCAAGAGAACUGCUUGAGUUUAAGCCAUUUGCAAAAGAAAUUUGCCUUCCGAUUCAUUGUGUUCCAGAACAUUAAGUGACUGUAGGGUACUGGGUAUUAGUGAUGGUAAGCUUUGUGUUGUUCUUUCUGAAAUGAUCCAUAUAACUGUGGGGUGCAUCAGUGCUUUUCAAAGGGGCUGCAUACUAUAGGGUUAACUAUGUAUAUUCAUGUUAAGAGUUAACUUGUGGUUUGGCUGUUUCCUGGAUUUAAAAACAUAUACAUGUGCAGAAAUGUAUUCAAAUGAAAGGAAGCAUACCCUUAUCAAGAUGCUAUUAAAAUUGAACAUCAAGUAUAAUAAUUCACUUGGAUUUUUUUUUUUGUUAAUGCCUAAAAAUGCCUAUUUGGAUUUAUUUUUAAUUGGGAGAAGCUCUCUUCUGUGUAGAACUGUUGUUCCAAAGUAGCUUAGUGUUUUGUUUUCCUGUUGCAUGACAGACUUAAUAUUUUUCCAGCAGUGGAGGUGCUGUUAAGAGUCCAGUGUUCUAGAAGAGGCAGUGUCUAAAGCCUAAUUUUACUUUUCUAAUUCUGGUAGCUAUUACCAAGAAUUUUUGAAAGUUUUGUUGAAGUAGUCUAAUAUUUUUUAUGUAAAGAGCAUUAAAUUUUGCUAUGUAUAAAUUUUUGUAACCUAACAGUGAAUCAAUAUUUUCUAUCAGUGCCAAGGGCUUCCUGUAGUUUAUUCAAGUGUUACAAUAAAUAUUUGUAGAUAAUAGUCAAUACUUGUGUAUGCUUAUUUUAAAGAUCUAUUUAGGUGGAAAUAGUUGUGGAUGUACUAAGAGUAAUGAAAUAAAAUUAUAGCUUCACUUGCUUGCCUUUUUACCAUA